ACGCCUCCUGCGCAGGACCGCAUAGGUGGGGCUUGUUGUGAAAGCUUCGUGGGAAAACUUGCAAACUAGUUGUGUUCUGACUGACUAGUUUUCAAGAAUUUUUAAUUUUUUUUUGUAAAUUUGAUGAGCAAAAAACCAAAAAGUAGCCCGGCCGAGCUUCCUGUUGCGAGCCGGUGUGCGCUAAACGAGAAUCCAAACAAGAGAGAGGCGAGAAAAUGGAGCAGAGCGGGCUCGAGAAUAAAAAACGACUCUGACGGAGAACUCGUUUUAUCAGAACUGUGUGUGAAGAGUUGCAAAGAAACAAGCAUUUCAAAACUGCGAUUAUUAAAAAUAUAUUAACAGAGUCAACACUGCGGUCUUGUACUAACGGGGAAGCGUUAUUAACUCGAGCGCAACUGUAGCAUUGUCAUUUCAAUAAUAAUAAUAAUAGCGGCGGGGGCGGCAGGUCGCUGGCUGUGUCCGCAGCGGGAUAUUAGUUGCAGGGUAGGGAUUGUGGAGCGGGCACCCGGGUACCUUCCUAACUGCGCCAGCCUGCAGACUGUCGGCCAGGCGAGCUGCGCGCAGGGCUCCCGGAGCGCUUGCAUGCCUCGUUAGACGAGCUGCGGCUGUAGGACUAAAGCAGGCUGCUCCCGGCCCGCGGUGCGCCCUUCCAGCCAGCCUGCCAGCCCGCAGGACACCAUGGGACCUGGGAUCUGCUCCCGCCGGCAGAAAGGCGUGCUGCAGACGGGCCUGUGCCUGCUCACCCUCGCCAGUCUGUGCGGAGGACUGUACCUCUACAGCGGUCUGCAGGACAGGGUGAAGUCGUUCGAGUCACUGUCUGUGAAAUACAAACAGCAGCAGGACGCGCUUUCUGCACAACUGCAAGUUGUGUAUGAACACCGAUCGAGACUGGAGCGCUCGCUGCAGAAAGAGAGAGGAGAGCACAAGAAGACCAAAGAAGAUUUCCUGGUGUACAAACUAGAAGCACAAGAGGCCUUGAACAAAGAGAAGCAGGACUCCAUGAACCGCUACAGUGCACUCAGCUCACAGCACAGGAUAGUCAAGAACCAGCUGGAUGACAUCCGGACCCAGCUGCAGGAACUGCACUCCCAGCACAGUGAUCUGCGUCUCAGCCAGCGGCGUGUGCAGGAGGAGAGCAGCCAGCGGGAGGCGCUGCAGCGCAAGCAGCACGAGGACGAGGUCAGCGGCCUGCAAGACACGAUUCUGAAGCUGAAGGAAGAGAGCAAGCUGCUGAGGAAGGCACACCAGGACGUCCACUCCCAGCUGCUCAGCGCUCAGGCACAAGUGCAGGAGUUCCGGCAGAUCAAGGAGGCCCUGCAUAGGAUCCCCAGCUUCAACUCCCCGCAGGCACUGGCAGGGCAGCUAAAGGGUCCUCGGGACAGCCAGCCGCAGCCCCCCAAUCAGAAGAGUUCUACACUGUCCCGUCCGCUACCCCAAAUCCAGAAUCCGGGAGGGACCAGGAACGAGGACACGCCCACUGUGAAGGCCAGUCCUCUCACUGGCCAGGGGGAGGAGCAGGGGCGGGAGCAGAACUCUGUGAGCCGGUUCCCACGCUCCGUCCACAGCCUCCCGGAUCAGAAGGUUACAGUCCCAGCCAGCCAGGCAGAAACAAAGACACCGGCAGCGCAAGCUGAUAGGCUGACUGGUGACCAGGCAGCCAGUAGGAAGAGCACCUUUGCAGUUUCCAUGGAGAAGGCGGGGAUUGAGACGGGGGAUGAGCGAGCUGCAGUGGAGAGCUGGGAGAGCAUCAUCAGGAAAGUGAAUUCUAACAGGUGGCAGGACAGGGGCUUCCUGGGCUCCAGUCGGAAGGCAGGGUCAGAACACCUACAGGGGGCGGGGCUGCCGGAGGCCAAUCACAGUGAGGAUGUGAAAGAGGGGCCGGACCAGGAGGAGGAGCUUGAGACGGAUGCAGAGCAGGAUGGCAGAGAGGAGGAGCGGGGCCUUGUAGCCCAGGAGCCAAUGAUGCCUGAUGUGGAGGCAGACCCAGCUCAGGACCCCAACAACCAGGGUGAGGACGAGUUCGAGGAGGCGGAGAUAGAACACCCAGCAUUUGAGGAGGAGGGGCUUGCUAAGGGAGGCCCCGCCCACAACAAGGUCAGAGAGCCAGGGCUGUUCAUCAAAGAGGAGCUGAGACAGAAUCGCAGCCUGGAUGAUCCUCCUGUUGCCCCCGACGAUGGACAGCAAGCUGCAGAGGAGUACGAGGAGGACCAGGAGAAUGAGAAUGACGACGUUGGGGGGGAGGUGGAUGAGAACGAGGAUCUGGAUCUCAUGCAGGACGAGGGGAAUGGAGAGAACGUGGCGGGAGGGAGUAGAGAGAAGGAGCAGUACUGAUGAGAGAGAGAGACCCUCACGCUGUAGCACUCCCACCAGCAACACUGCAGCUCUCCCAGUCCCUCUGCUCUAACCACUAGAUCGCACUACCUUCACUCUGUCUUCUGAUUCAGUGUAUCUAUAGAUCUCUGGACUGCUCUCUGAUUCAGUGGCUCUCUAUAGAGCUCUGGACUGGUCUCUGAUUCAGUGGCUCUGUAGAUCUGUGGACUGGUCUCUGAUUCAGUGGCUCUCUGUGGAUUGGUCUCUGAUUCAGUGGCUCUCUAUAGAUCUCUGGACUGGGCUCUGAUUCAGGUAACUGUGCGCUGAGUUCUGCUCACCCUGACACUUCUAUCCACCUUGCGUGAAAAAUUCAUGAAAAUAAUAAAUCUGCCCUUGAUGUGCCUUUGAGAAGCAAAGAGAGAUACAGAGCCCCUCCCUCCCUGAAACGAUUCAUUAACCCAUGACGUGCCAGUUUCCUCUUCGAGAAGCAGAGGGGGAGAGUAUUUGUCAGUGAAUGGGUGAACACAAGUCAGAGCAGAGCCACAUUGUAUUCAUAGAAACUUCUGAGUAACUGCAGAAUGGAAGCUGUACGAAUCAGGCUCUGUCUGUCUCUCUCUCCUGCUCUGUCUCUCCUCUCUCUGCCUGUCUCUCUUCUCUGUCUCUCCUCUCUGCCUGUCUUGCUCCCUCUCUCUGUCUCCUCUCUCUCUCUCUCUCUGCAGCGUUGAGAGGGUUAUGAACGGCAGUGCUCAGUGCUGCCCCCCGCAGGAGAGUCGCGGUAUCUCCACACUGUGUAUGCAAUGUGUAUGUAUGAAUGUAUCUGAAAUGAAAUCAUGUUUAAAAUAAAUAAAAUAAAAUGUUUUUUUUUUACA